AUGUCGGGGACGACGCGCGCGUUGGCGUUUCGAGGCGUGGGUUCGACCACGGCGUUCAAGGGGAAAAAUGGGGCAAAGCCGGCGCGCCGCGUCGCGCCGACGACGCGCGCGGUCGCGACGGGGCCCAAGGGACCGCUGAAGAAGAAGGGUUCGAAUGAGGAGGAUAAGAUUGAGGAUAUGUCGUCCGGUUCGCGCGGAAUGUUCACGACGGUGGACCCGGAGGUGCGACGCAUCGUGCCGGACGCCAAGGGCCGCGUCGUGGUCAAGGUGACGUACGUGGUGUUGGAGUCUCAGUACCAAUCCGCGCUCUCUGCGGCGGUGAAACAGAUCAACGAAACCAACGAUAAGGUGUGCGUCGAGGUCGUGGGUUACUUGUUGGAGGAGUUGCGCAACAAGGACAACUUGGAGGCGCUCAAGAAGGAUGUCGAGACCUCGAACAUCUUCAUCGGUUCUUUGAUCUUCAUUGAGGAGCUCGCUGAGAAGAUUGUCGAGAUCGUGCAGCCGUGCCGCGAGAAGUUGGACGCGUGCCUCAUCUUCCCGUCCAUGCCGCAAGUCAUGCGCUUGAACAAGCUCGGCACUUUCUCCAUGGCGCAGCUCGGCCAGUCCAAGUCCGCGAUCGCCUCCUUCAUGCGCAAGAAGAAGGAAUCCGGCGGUUUCGAGGAGGGCAUGUUGAAGCUCGUCCGUACUCUCCCAAAGGUGCUGAAGUACUUGCCGUCCGACAAGGCGGCGGACGCGCGUAACUUCAUGAACUCUUUGCAGUACUGGCUCGGUGGUUCCACGGAUAACUUGGAGAACUUCUUGUUGAUGAUCUCCAAGGCGUACGUGCCGGAGCUCAAGGGCGUCGAUCUCACCGUCGCCGAGCCGGAGGUGUUCCCGGAUGUCGGCAUCUGGCACCCUUCCGCGCCGGUGUACUACGAAGACUUAAAAGAGUACCUCAACUGGUACGACACCCGUAAGGACAUCAAGUUCAAGGCGGAUUCUCCCGUCAUCGGUCUCGUUCUCCAGCGCUCUCACUUAGUCACCGGCGACCACGGUCACUACGACGGCAUGGUCAUGGAGCUCGAAGCUAAGGGUGCGCGGGUCGUUCCGAUCUUCGCCGGUGGCCUCGACUUCUCCGGCCCGAUCGAAAAGUUCUUCUUCGAUCCGAUCACGAAGGGUGCGUACGUGGACACCGUCUUGUCUCUCACCGGUUUCGCCCUCGUCGGCGGUCCGGCCCGUCAAGAUCACCCCAAGGCGAUCGAGUCCUUGAAGAAGCUCAACGUGCCGUACAUGGUUACCGUUCCGUUGUCUUUCCAAACCACCGAGGAAUGGAAGGAUUCCACGCUCGGUCUCCACCCUGUGCAAGUCGCGCUUCAAGUUGCGCUUCCGGAGCUCGACGGCGGCCUCGAGCCGAUGAUCUUCUCCGGGCGCGACUCCAAGUCUGGCAAAUCGCACACUCUGGAGGAUCGCGCGGCGCAAAUCGCCAACCGCGCCAUCAAGUGGGCGGCACUUCGUAAGAAGACCGCGGCGGCCAAGAAGCUCGCCAUCACCGUCUUCUCUUUCCCGCCUGACAAGGGGAACGUCGGUACCGCCGCGUACCUCAACGUCUUCGGCUCCAUCUACCGCGUGCUUCAAGGCUUGCGCCGCCAAGGCUACAACGUUGGUGUUCUCCCGAGCAGCGAAGAGGAGCUCAUCAACUCCGUUCUCAACGACAAGGAAGCGCAAUACGCAUCCCCGGACAUGAACGUCGCCUACCGCAUGCCGGUGAACGAGUACAAGAAGCUCUGCAUUUAUGAGGAGGACUUGCACGAGAACUGGGGUCCGCCGCCGGGUAACUUGAACACCGAUGGCCAAAACAUGCUCGUCUACGGUAAGCAGUUUGGCAACGUCUUCAUCGGUGUUCAGCCGACGUUCGGCUACGAAGGUGAUCCGAUGCGACUGUUGUUCUCCAAGUCUGCGUCCCCACACCACGGUUUUGCGGCGUACUACACCUACCUUGAGCACAUCUUCCAAGCCGACGCCGUACUGCACUUUGGUACGCACGGUUCGCUCGAGUUCAUGCCGGGUAAGCAAGUUGGUAUGGCCGGUGUGUGCUACCCGGAUCGCUUGAUUGGGAACAUCCCGAACAUCUACUACUACGCGGCGAACAACCCGUCCGAGGCCACCAUUGCGAAGCGUCGAUCGUACGCCAACACCAUCUCCUACUUGACCCCGCCGGCUGAGAACGCCGGUCUCUACAAGGGCUUGAAGGAGCUCAAGGAGUUGAUCUCUUCGUACCAAACCUUGAAGGAUUCCGGUCGUGGUCCGUCCAUCGUCAACACCAUCAUCUCCACGGCGAUCACGUGCAACUUGGACAAGGAUGUGAAGGAAAUUCCGACUGAUCCAGAAGCUGACGCCGCUGACUUUGAUUCCGACAGACGCGAUUUGAUCGUCGGUAAGGUUUACCAAAAGCUUAUGGAGAUCGAAUCCCGCUUGUUGCCGUGCGGCCUCCACGUCGUUGGUUGCCCGCCGUCUGCGGAAGAGGCUGUCGCGACGCUCGUCAACAUUGCGUCCAUCGACCGCGAAGACGAAGGUAUCAUCGCUCUCCCGGGUCUCCUCGCCAUGUCCAUCGGCAGAGACAUCGAGUCCAUCUACCGCUCCAACGAUGCGGGUAACCUCGAAGACGUCCAGCUCUUGCAAGACAUCACAGAGGCUUGCCGCGCUUGCGUCCGCACCUUUGUCAGCUCCGCUGCAGAUCCUUCUGGCCGCGUUGCCGCGGGCGCUCUUGCCAGCGUCGGUAAACUCUUCGGCAGCGCCGCUGUUGCGCUUCCGUGGGGUGAUGCCUUGAAGGGCACCCAGUUCGAGAGCACGGAUGUCGAGAAGAUGCGCACUCUGUUCGAUUACUUGCGCUUCUGCCUCGAGCAAGUUGUCAAGGAUAACGAGCUUGGCGCGCUCACUGAGGCUCUCGAGGGACAAUACGUGCUUCCGGGCCCGGGUGGUGACCCGAUCCGUAACCCGAAGGUGUUGCCGACCGGUAAGAACAUUCACGCUCUCGACCCGCAAGCGAUCCCGACGGGUGCGGCGGUUGCCUCCGCCAAGGUUGUUGUCGAUCGUCUGAUCGAGCGUGAGAAGAAUGAAAACGGUGGCAAGUACCCGGAGUCCAUCGCGCUGGUCCUUUGGGGUACGGAUAACAUCAAGACGUACGGUGAGUCCUUGGCGCAAGUCAUGUUGAUGGUGGGCGUGCGCCCGGCUCCGGAUGCGCUCGGUCGGGUGAACAAGCUCGAGCUCAUUUCCUUGGAAGAGCUCGGCCGCCCGCGCAUCGACGUCGUCGUCAACUGCUCUGGUGUGUUCCGCGACUUGUUCGUCAACCAAAUGAACUUGUUGGAUCGUGCGGUCAAGCUCGCCGCUGAGCAAGAGAAUGAACCGGAUGAGAUGAACUUUGUUCGCAAGCACGCGAAGGAGCAAGCCGCUGAACUCGGCCUUUCCGUCCGUGAAGCCGCGACGCGCAUCUUCUCCAAUGCGUCUGGUUCGUACUCUUCCAACGUCAACCUCGCCGUUGAGAACUCUUCCUGGAACGACGAGAGCCAGCUUCAAGACAUGUACCUCAACCGUAAGUCCUUUGCGUUCAACUCCGAUGCGCCGGGUGCGGGUAUGGAAACGAAGAAGGAACUCUUUGAGUCUGCCUUGUCUAAGGUUGACGUCACCUUCCAAAACUUGGACUCUUCGGAGAUCUCUCUCACAGAUGUGAGCCACUACUUCGACUCCGAUCCGACCAAGCUCGUCCAAGGGGUGCGCAAGGAUGGCAAGAUGCCGUCUUCUUACAUUGCGGACACGACGACGGCGAAUGCCCAAGUUCGUUCACUUUCUGAGACCAUGCGCCUCGACUCGCGCACCAAGCUCUUGAACCCCAAGUGGUACGAGGGCAUGAUGGCGUCUGGCUACGAGGGUACUCGCGAGAUCCAAAAGCGCCUCAACAACACGCUCGGCUGGUCCGCGACGUCUGGUCAAGUCGAUAACUGGGUGUACGAGGACGCGAACAGCACGUUCAUGGCCGAUCCGGAGAUGCAAAAGCGUCUCAUGGAGUCCAACCCGAACUCGUUCAGAAAGAUGGUCGCCAACUUCUUGGAAGCGAACGGCCGUGGUUACUGGGAGACGAGCGAGGAGAACAUCGAACGAUUGAAGCAGCUUUAUAUGGAGGUGGAAGAUCGUAUUGAAGGGGUGGAGAACGGGGCGUGA